AUGGCCGCCAUCCCAAACGUAUGGCAUCUGCGCAGGGUGGCAGAGGCACAACAAAGUGCGUUUCCUUCUGAGACGUCAGUGCCUCACUCUCCGGAUGUUAAUGGAGCCAAGGAUUUUUUCUAUGUAUGUCCCGGCCACAUGAAGGAUCGAGGGUUUGCCACUCCUAUCGUAGAUGAAGCCGAGGUGGUGGCGAAAAGACGCAAGGAGGAGAUGGAGCAAGAGAUUCAGAAAGUAAAAUUUGAAUACGAAGAGAAAAUUAAAAACAAGAAGGCAAAGGAUAAGGGCAGCAAAGACGCAAAGAAGGACGAGAAGCACGACAAGAAAGAAAAGGCAAAGCGCGAAGAAGAAGAGCAACAGGCUGAAAAAGAGAAAGACGAUAGGGUCCGCCCUGUUGCUGGGCCUGCUCAGCUCUAG